AUGUUGAUUCAAAAUUUGAAUCUUGAUCUUAAAAUUUUCAAAAUCUCACACUCUCUCUCUCAAGAAUUUCCAUCGAUCACAUGUUUCAUCUCCCACUUGGUCCACCUGUGUCGCCUUCUCCGCCACAUACAACGAAUUCGUCAUCCACCGCUUGAUCCACCGGUGUCGCCUUCUUCGCUUCCACUAUCUGCAUCUCACCACCGCCUUCAUUUGGCACCACCAUCCACCAGAAAACUGGAAAGAUACAUAGGAAAGACACAAACCGCCAUCACCACCGCUGGGAUUUUGUCAUUUGUUAUGAUUGAAAUCGAACAUAGGAUUGUUGUUUCUAACAUUCAAAUCGAACAGCUCCUAAUAAAUGCCUAUGAAGUUUGUCUUACGAAAGAUUUACUAAGAGAGCAAGAUUUUGUCUUUGGAAGGAUGCGAAAUGCAAAACCAGCCCUUGCUAUAGAAUAGCUAUCAUAGGUUUUAAUAUAAACUGUAAUAGUAUUAUUAUAAAGCUGCCAAUUUGUUUGCUCAAGGAGAUAAAGGCAUAAAGUUGUAAAAUAAUAUUGUUCAAAGAUAUAAAAUAUGCGAAGACUAUUCGUAUACAGGUCUAUCUUAUCCUAUAGCUUUUAUUA